AUGAGGAAGAACUGGGGACUGUAUGAGGUGAGGCAGAACUGGGGAGAGGGUAGAACAGAACAAAGUUCAUCAAGUGAUUCACCUGGAAAGAGAACUCCCGUAGAACUGUUUGUAGAUAUGGGGGAAAAGAUAGAGGCUAUUCUUGGAAAAGUUGGAGUUGACAUUAACCGUGCUCUUAUUGCUAAGAGACAAAGAUUGGAAACAGAUUCUAAGAAGUCUUUUGAAGGAAUUGACCAGGAACUGAAACAAGUUUGGAACUCACAUGAAGAUGCUGUGGCAAAGCUUAACGAAGAGUCUGCUCAGGCAUUUACAAAUAUGUUUCAGCAAUGGGAUUUGGAUUUUCAGAAGUUGCAGGAAAAAUAUGUAAAACUAAUGAAUGAUUUUCAAGAGGAAGAAAAAGCUUUUCAACAGUGUAGACUCGUUCAGCACAAGAGACUGAGAACAAUUAAACAAAUACAUGAGCAGUUCAUAAAGAAUUUGGAGGAGGUGGAGAAGAAGAAUGACUGUCUGCUUAUGAAUAUCCAGAGUGAACUUAAAGAAGAAAUGAACAGGCUGCGAAGAAAUAUUAUGAAAGAAUCUCAUCAGCAAGAGAUGGCUAACCUUCAACAGUCUCUUCAGUCCAUGCUGCAUCUUAAGGGAUACGGUUCAGAUGCCAGCAAAUAG